GUCUACGACAACCAGGGGCUGGAGCUCAACGUCCUCAAGAGCUUCUCCAACGUCCUUCGCCUCCAGUUCCUGCCCUACCACUUCCUGCUGGCCACCGCCAACGCCCAAGGCUUCCUGCAGUACCUGGACAUCUCGGUGGGGAAGGAGGUGGCGGCGCUGAGCACCCGCGGCGGGCGCCUGGCCGUGAUGGCUCAGAACCCGGCCAACGCGGUGCUGCACCUGGGGCACGGCAAUGGCACGGUGACCCUGUGGAGCCCAUCGGUGCCGGAGCCCCUGGUGCGUGUCCUGUGCCACCGCGGCGCCGUGCGGGCGCUCGCCGUCGAUCCCAGCGGCACGUACAUGGCAUCCGCCGGCUUGGACCGCAAGCUCCGGGUGUUCGACCUCCGCACCUACAAGGCGCUCCAUGACCUGGUCCUGCCUUUGGGUGCCGCUCACCUUGACUUCAGCCAACGUGGGCUCUUGGCCGCCUCCUGUGGGGACGUGGUGCAGGUCUAUAAGGAGGUGGGGAAGGAGCUGCCCACCCAGCCCUACCUGUGCCACCGGCCACCGCGGCCCCCCAGCGCCCUUCGCUUCUGCCCCUUCGAGGACGUCCUCGGCGCUGGUCACGCUCAUGGCUUCACCAGCAUCUUGGUGCCAGGGGCUGGUGAAGCCAACUUGGACGCGCUGGAGAACAACCCCUACCGCAGCCGGCGGCAGCGGCAGGAGUGGGAGGUGAAGGCGCUGCUGGAGAAGAUCCCUGCGGAGCUGCUCACGCUGGACCCGUCCCUGCUGGGCCGCACGGACACGGCCACCCUGCAGCAGAAGCGGGACGAGCGCAUCCAGCGCCUGGGCUUCGACCCUCAGGCCAAGGCCAAGUUCAAGCCGCGGCGCCGGGUGAAGGGCAGCAGCAGCCUCCACCGCAAGAAGAAGGUGGCCCAUGAGGAGCAAAGGGCUGUGAUCCAGCAGAGUGUGGAGCAGCGGGAGCAGGAGAGGAAGAGGGAGAGGAAGGCGAUGAAGAAGACGGGGAAGAAGACGGGGGCCCCCCCCACCCCCAAGCGUGGGGCCCUCGAGCGCUUCAGGAGAUGAUAUGGGGGGGGGGGGGAACAUGGGGACACCCCCAUGGGGGGGGCCCCAAUGGGGGUGUGACACCAUAUUGGGGUCCCCCAGUGUGUGUCACCCCCAUAUUGGGGUUCCCCAGUGGGUGUACCCCCAUUAUAGGGGUCCCCAAUGGGUCCCUCCACCCCAUAUUGGGGGUCCCCUAGGUAUCCCUACCCCAUACUGGGGGUCCCCAGUGUGAUAUCCCCCCUUAUGGGGGUCCCCAAUGUGUCCCCCCUCAUAUUGGCAGUCCCCCAAUGUGUCUGUCCUGUCCCCCCACCCCAUUAUGGCGGUCCCCAGUGUGGUAUCCCCUCUAUAUGGGGGUCCCCAAUGGGUUCCUCCACCCCAUAUUGGGGGCCCACAAUGCGUGUGUGUCCCCAUUACAGGGGUCCCCAUUGUUGUUUCUCCCCCCCCCCCAUAUUGGGGGGCCCUAAUGUGGGGUUCCCCAUUAUAGGGGUUCCCAGUGUGUCUGUCCUGUGUUUCCUGCAUAUCAGGGGUCCCCACUGUGUGUCACCCCCAUUAUGGGGGUCCCCUGGGUGCCCCCCACCCCAUAUUGGGGUCCCCCAACAUUCCCUCCCCCUUCUGGGUGUCCCCAACCCCCCUUUAUUAAAGCCUUUUAGUGCCA